AUGACCCAACAAGAUCCCCAGGGGCGGUUUGGGGAAGAAGCUGCACCCAGGACGGGUCCCUCCCACCACCUGCCCCCGCCACCCGCAGGCAGCCCCGUGUCGGAGGUGACCUUCAGCCUCAGGGGUGAGCUUUCAGGCGAGAGUAAGACCCGACAGACGCCUAACUCUGAGAGCGCGAUGAACGAGCUGGGGGAGGAGGCAAGUGAAGGGCCGUGGCGGCAACCCGGUGAACACCCUUUCUCUGCCGUCACCACUGCCAUGCUUAACAUCAACAGCAACGAGGAGCAGCAGCACGUCACUCUCCUCUAUGACUACUACAAGCCAGACGGGUCUGGGGUUGGAAGCCCGGUAAUGGGCGGUGCGGUGGACUCCAAGAUGACAAACGGGGUGUCUGAGGGCGUGUCGGGGGCGGCGCCCGUGGAGGGGAUCCUGUUUGCGGGCGGUACGGAGGGCGUCAAGCCGGAGCCAGAGGAUCUGACUCGCCGGGCUGUCAGUCCCGCCGACCGCGGCGUGCUGUGCGACAAGCGACGCCCGCUCCUCCCCCCGCCACCACCCCAGGGAGACUCACCGCCCUCUCUCGACGUCGCGACCUCCCUCAAGGACGACCUCGAUCAUCACGUGAUCAAAGAAGAGCUGGAGCACCACAGCCUUAAAGUAGAGUCGGGGGAUCGUCCUCGCUCUAACCACACACUUGUUAUUCAGGCGCCGCUUGACUCAGGCGAGAAGAUGAGCGCCGGCACAGGCAGCUACCUGGCCGGGUUCUCGGCUUCCUCUCCACAGUCCAACUACGAGCAUGUAUCGCCCUACCUGUCGCCCUCACCACAGCCCUACUCAAGCAGCACCUCGCCCGCUGUGCGUGGAUCCCCUGCAGUGUAUACAACCGUCACAGACAAUUACUAUCGUGACUACUACCCGUCUAGCGAUACACAGUAUACAUUGCGACAGGAUUACCCUACGAUAGACGGGGGAUACCUCAGACCGCCGUACAAAACUAACGGCGUCUCCAGCACCCUCACCGUGGACUUACCGUCGCCUGCGGAUUCUGGUAUCUCCGCCGACGCUAUCACGCCGCGGGACCCACCCGUCCUCGCACAGACGUUCGGUUAUGAAGAAAUCGUCCAGCAGGGAUCCUUGAUGGGCUCGGAUAUCCGGACGCCCGCAGGAGCCUCACCGAACUCUCAAAGGCCCACACGAGGCUGGCACGACUUCGGCAGACACACGGAGGGAGACAAAAUCCAGAUCCCCAAGAUAGUCAACCAGUACGGCUUCAAGUACCACCUGGAGACGCCCAUCUCGACCUCCCAGCGGCGGGAGGAUGACCGCAUCACCUACAUCAACAAGGGCCAGUUCUACGGGGUUACCAUGGAGUACAUUCACGACCCAGAGAAGCCCCUCAAGUCCGGCACAGUAAAGUCCAUGGUGAUGCUGGUGUUCCGGGAGGAGAAGACGCAGGAGGACGAGAUCAAGGCUUGGCAGUUUUGGCACAGUCGACAGCACUCGGUCAAGCAGCGCAUCCUCGACGUCGACACCAAGAACAGCGUGGGUCUGAUCGGCUGCAUAGAGGAGAUCGCCCAUAACGCCAUCGUCGUCUACUGGAACCCACUGGAGGCAGGAGCUAAGAUUAACGUGGCCAUCCAGUGCCUGAGUACAGACUUCAGCAGCCAAAAAGGAGUCAAGGGCCUGCCGCUCCACAUCCAGAUCGACACCUUCGAGGAUCCGAGAGACACGGCUACCCUGGUGCACCGCGGCUACAGCCAGAUCAAGGUGUUCUGCGAUAAGGGUGCGGAGAGGAAGACCCGGGAUGAGGAGAGACGUGCGGCCAAGAGGCGGAUGGCAGCCACGACACGCAAAAAGUACGAGGAUCUCUACCACCCGCCCUGCGACCGCUCCGAAUUCUACUCCAUGAUGGACCUCACAAAGCCGCCCGUCCUCUUCACGCCCGCCGAUGACAUUGAGAAGAUGCCGAUGGAGCUGCACGGUUUCUACGGCCACGAGUCUGACAACGGUGGCUGCAGCGUUGGCGUGGCGGGGGCUGUGGGAGUGGAAUGUUCGUCCCCCUCCAACCUCUCCCCCCAGCACGGCUUCCCCACAACCCCAGGGCGCUGCAUGUCCCCUCCUCCGCACAGCCUCGAUCCCCCACCCCCACCUCCUCCUCUUCCCCCUCCUCCACCCUCUGCCACCAUCCUGUCCACCACCACUACCAUCACCCAGUUAGCGCCUCUGCAGGUCCCCCCGGCCGCCCCCGCGUCGCCAAAAGCCAACAGCAGUAGCUACAAGUUCCACUACAGCCUCCCACAGACCUAUGGAGAUCAGCCGAGGAAGGAGUUGUGCGGCGCCGGGCUGCCUAACGGGUCCAUGGACAGCCCCAUGACAGAAGUGUUCUCCCACGUGUCCAAGAGGUCCCGCCUGACGCCGCCUCUCACUGAGCGCCUCAUGCUGUACGUGAGGCAGGACGGCGAAGAUGUGUACACGCCCCUCCACCUCGUUCCUCCCAGCAUCGUUGGUCUUCGCACAGCGAUCGAGGAAAAGUACAAAAUCCCAACACAAACCAUCAAAAACAUAUACCGGAAAAACAAAGUCGGGGUGAUGGCCAAGGUAGACGACGAGAUGCUGCGUCACUACUGCAAUGAGGACGUAUUCCUGAUGGAGGUGCAGCAUCGUGAUGGCGACAGCUACGACCUCACCCUCAUAGAGCUGACGGGCGUGGAGCACUGAGCGGCGCCGCCCUUCACGCCGCCAUACCCCCUCAAUGCUGAAGGAAGCCAAACUGUUGCGAUACUCACGUACUGAUUCUCAUGGAAGACACAUGACCAGCCCAACGUCAUAUUUCUGUUGGGCGUUUGCUUAGCAAAGUUUUUAUUCUUACUUUUUUUGUCGUUCUAUCACUAUUAAAGGCCAUCUCCAAAUCGAAAGGAAUACAUCAGUAUUCCCGAUAAAAUAAUAGAAUACAAGUGAAGUACACUACUCCACAACUAAUGAUAAAGAAUCAGAGAAAAAUGUAUCAACCCCCUCUGAAUGUGAGGUGGCUCGCCGUGCAGCAGCCCAACCCGGCGCUGCGGCUUCCUCGUACUGCCCUGGGGAGUGUGGUGGCUCGCUGCGCGGUGAUGGCGCUGUUAAAAUGAAGAUCACAACAUUCUCCAAGUGGGCGCGAUCGCCCUCUUUGAAGCUGGAUGGCGCGGCAAUGUUACAAUGGGUGUGCCUAGACGCUGAGAGGGAGUGGAAAUGUUCCCUCGCAUGAAGGUUGUUUAGUGUCGUGGCCCGAGCGGUGGCGCGCCUGGGCCACGCGGGGCACCAGCGCGGCCCCCUUCUGAACUCAUCGCGAGUUCACCGGUGAGUCGAUAAAUAGUUUUAUAUAUUAUUGCUUGUAUGAAAUCAAAUUUAUUUUAAGCCAUGAGUAAGACAUAGCUAUAACGCUGUUUACAGGGUAUGUAAUGCCUUAAACCAUUUAAAAUGUUAAUGCAUACGUUAAGAUUGAGUUGUAUUUUUGUUUCAACACAUCUUGUCAUUCAUUCACCGGACUCUUUGUAAUGUGUAUGUAGUGUACUGACCUUAGGUAGUGAGUGACCUGCCCGUAGCUGACGGUUGAUCUCUGAUGGCCGAGGGUCACGCUAAACACUGUGUGUGUACAGAUAAAAUCUGGUAUUAAUUCAUUGCUUUACAACGAUGACGUCACCGUGAAUGUUCGUACCUGUGACAUCAUUCCGAGCCACUUGUCUUGCCAACGUGCCUUUGUUUUAAGUGUCUUCCACGACAGUGCCAUAACGAAAGCGAUGAUCGACUGCCUUCAUCAUCGUACCCGAAACGAAUUAGGAGUACUCAGUGGUUUCUGUCCUUAGGCCCGAAACUGGCUCCGGCCGGCGGGUGGGAGCAUGAGAGGCCCGGCCCCGCCCACCCCCCUGUGAUCCUCCACUUCUCUCGUAUGCCAAAUGCUUCUCUCUUACAUAAUUUGAUGCUUUGUAUUUUACUGAUUUUUUUUUUUUUUUUAUACAAAUCCGUACAGUGAGGACGAUUUGAAGGGUGACUGAAUGUGGGUUGUUCGUGGAGCACAACAGUUACCGACCCAAACACUUUCCCGACGCCCAUUCCUUUUCCGAGUUCAGACAGACCCGAGUGUCUUGUAGCAGCUGUCGUCCACAUCGCCCCGCCGUGCUUUCCUCUCCUCCGCUGGUAACAUUCCCCAUGUUCACUGUAAUGCCAAGACACUUUGCACCUUCCCCUCGCCCACAAUCAUCCAUCAUUCCCUAGCCUUUCAUUCCUCCAUAUGCCAACCCCUCCUCCUCCCCAUCCUCCAGUACCUUCUUUUCCCAUUGCCAGCAGCCAUUAUUGUCUCCAUUACUUGAAGAGAAUCUUUCCUUUUCUGCUCCACCACAUGUUAGUUACGAAAGGGAUUUAAUUUCGUUUCCAAAUAAAUGUGUAAGAUUGAUUUUGCCAAGCUAAAAGCAGAUUUAUAUACUUUAACAAAAGUUGUGUCUACGUAAUAAAAGACUGUAGUUUUAGUGCAUAAAUAAGACUAGGAUUAGUUCGUGACUUGCUUAUGAUCGUUCCGGCAUUCCUUGUACUAAUUCCACAGUUUAGCUUAAAGAGUGAGGACCGGUGGCUGUUGGCUCGUCCCAGUGCGGUGUUGGUCAAUGCCUGUUGUACAACAUUGUGAAACUGAAAUUUAUUCAGCAAGUUUUAAUUCUAUUAUUAGUAACAGACUUGUAUGAUACACAAACUAGGCUUAAUUUGUAAAUAUGAACAUUGCUUUAAUUAUUUGUGGUUUUAGCAUAAUAUAUAUCACUAGCUUGUAAGAUUGUGUGUAAUUGUGAACCUGAGUGGCGAUGAUUUACUUGUUGAGGAUAUUUGUUACUAUAGUUUUGUAAGAAGAUGACUAUAUUAGUGUAAAUAGAGGUGGGUGUUCCGCCCCAAAUCUUCGCCUGCCGCUUACGGUACACUUAAGAGACCGACUAUGUCUUGGGCUCAACCAAACCUGCUUCACUUCUCAGCACCCCUGCACGAAGGGUUAAUUUGUUCCCGUGUUUAAAAAGCACUGGAAUCAGUAUGAUAAAAUUCGAAUGUUAAAAGUCAGAAUGAUAUUGCUGAUGUGGCAUUUUUAAUAAUUAAUUGAGUUGGGUCCAUACAUGUUGAAUUGGAACUAAUUAAAAUGUGACUGACUUCAAAACACAAUGGUUGGCCUAAGUCUUGUCAUAAUAUAAGUUACCCUUUUAUCAGCACUGUACAGCUCAUUGCGGCUGUAACCUGCCUUAAGUUUUGUACUGACUAGUUACCGUAAAGUUCGUGUUUAUAUCAUUUUAUUUAUAUGUGUAGCCUUGAUGUCUCUCUGGACAGUAGAUGAAUAUUAGUCGACGGCAUGAGGUACAUAACAACCCUCCCCUCCUCCACUUCAUGCCCCAGCCUUCCACUGAUGGCAAUGUGUAAAGGGGCCGCUCUAGCCAUCGUGAGAGUGAGUGUGGCACAACACAGCCCUGACGCCCAGGAGACGUGUUGCUGUGCUCAUCACUAUGCCAUGUGUCUGUUGCUCAAAUUACACGACCUGUAAUUCUUUUUAAUUGGUCCCUAAGGCAAGUUUGCCUCUUGCUUCUAUUGAACUUCACGUGUUUCAUCUUCUUCAUUGCCCUGUUUAUCAGCUUCAGAAGCCCUGUGUUCCCUUCACUACAUUUAGGGCUUCCAGUUGCAACAGAGCUCGGCUGCUCGUGGAUCAUGUGUAUUGGCCCAUCAGCCACGGGUGAUGGGAGGCGCCUUGCGGCCCGAAAUCUACGUAAAACAAUUGAGUUGAUGUUUUACAGCAGCCUUAGCUCAGUGACGGACAGUCUGUGUAAAAUAGCCAGAGGGUAAUUAAAGGCCCAAAAUAAAUAAAUAUGCUUCAAUUAGUAUUUCUUGAGACUAGAGGCCAUUCACUCGUGUCUUGUUGCCGUCAUUGAGUCGCAAGCUGCUUUGAGACCAACAAAGUAGGAAACGUGACAGCGUGGAGGUAUGGUGACUUGAAUCCCUUCUGUGGCUGGUCGUUGUAUCUGGGUGUGCCUGCUUCCCUUGUCCAGCAUAGUACCGUUAAGUAACAUAGUGCCAAUAUUUACUUGUAUAGUUUUGCCAGGUCUGCGUUAAUUAACUCAAAGGUUUCAUGUUUUCUUGGACUUCCGCAUACCCUCGCUGACUUCAUGUACCUUCUGUGGCGUCAGUACACGUGUUAGUACAACGAGGCGGCCUGGACCCGGCCCGCCCCGACGCUGCGCCCGACAAAGGCUCCUGCUUACCAAAUCUUCGCGUCGUGUGUGUUCAUGCCUGAGAUCCAGCAUAAUGUUGGGGUUGGGCUUGUGGACGGUCCGCCACAUCAUAUCCAUUGGAAGGCACACUGAACCAUCAAGCCAGUGUGACUGAUGCCUCGGGAAGAUACAGCUACUUCGGCAGGAAUAUGACAAAACUGUACUAGAACAGUAAUCUGAUAAUUUUGGCUGUAGAAACCAAUUUUCUAUGGUUCAGUUACCCAUCUUAGGUAUAACAAAGCGUUACGUGAGCGUAGCAAAAGAAUGACGCUGUUAAUGUGUACAAAAUUCCUCUCCGUCGCGGGUUCGUACAGCAUCGUCGCCGGGGCAGGAGCUCCCCAGAUUUGGUUGUGACUCGUGUGGACUGUGUACGAGUGUAGUGACGGGUGCGGAAACCUCUUGUGAGUGGUCUUAUUUAUUGUUUCCCUGAGGUCGGCCUGUGCAUCAUUCACAUAGUCAGCCUUGCCAAUUUCUGUUCGAGUAGCUGACGAGCGCUCAGGACACAGCUUGAUGAACACAAUACAGGGAUAAUAUGCACAGUAAACAAAACCAACGUAGCCUUUUCUGUUCUUCCGUCAGCCUGGUCGGUAUGUCCCCCAAACGAUGUUGAGGAUCUCAUAAAGCUUUUGAUCAUGCCAGAAUGUGUGUAGGAUAAUGUGUUGUUAUUAUGACUCAUAUUUUUGUAUUGAUAUCUGAUAUAAUCAGUAAAUUUUAUCUAUUGGUCAAUACUGACUCAUGAGUUUAUCACGAGAAGGAGCCAUGUGUGUGUGAGGGUUCCGGAAGGUGCCCAAGUGACGCCGCAGGCCGCCGCAGUGAUUCCUUAAAGCUUGUCUCCCUUCAGCUGGUGUUCACUCACAAGACAUAUUGAAUUAUCAUUAUUUUUUAUUAAUAUUUGCAUAAGACAUGACUAGAGAGAUCACUGGGGCCGGUAUAGACGACAGCGCCCUGGAGAUGACUGCCAAGGGCCUGUCAGCCACCUGUAAGGCGUAAUGUUGUACAGAAAUUUGAAUAAAAAUAUGGCAUAAA